AUGACCGCCUUCUUCACCAGUGUUCCCAAUUGGAUUCAAGAUGCCAAGCAGGACGAGGGGGAGCUGGGCUGGAAACUAGUGCCCAGGCCCAGAACCCGAGAGAGCCAGAGUCCAGGCAAGUGCCAGUAUGAGCUGUCGGAAGCCGCCUUCCCUGGCGUGGAGAAGCUGAGAGCCAGCCCGGAACCCAGACCCUAUUGCUGCCCUCAGCUGCACUGCGGCAAGGCCUUUGCCUCCAAGUACAAGCUCUACAGGCACCUGGCCACCCACUCAGCCCAGAAGCCCCACCAAUGCAUGUACUGUGAGAAGAUGUUCCACCGGAAGGACCACCUCCGCAACCACCUCCACACCCACGACCCCAACAAGGAGGCCCUGCACUGCCCCGAGUGCGGCAAGAACUACAACACCAAGCUCGGCUACCGGCGUCACCUGGCCAUGCACGCGGCGGCCAGCGGCGACCUGAGCUGCAAGGUCUGCCUGCAGGUGUUCGAGAGCACCCAGGCGCUGCUGGAGCACCUGAAGGCCCACUCGCGCAGGCCCUCGGGCGGCGCCAAGGAGAAGAAGCACCCCUGCGACCACUGCGACCGGCGCUUCUACACCCGCAAGGACGUGCGGCGCCACCUGGUGGUGCACACGGGGCGGAAGGACUUCCUGUGCCAGUACUGCGCCCAGCGCUUCGGCCGGAAGGACCACCUGACCCGGCACGUGAAGAAGAGCCACUCCCAGGAGCUGCUCAAGAUCAAGGCGGAGCCCGUGGACAUGUUGGGCCUGCUCAGCUGCAGCUCGGCCGUGGCAGUCAAGGAGGAGCUCAGUCCGGUCUUGUGCAUGGCCUCCCGAGAGGUGAUGGGCGGCAAGGGCUUUCCUGGCAUGCUGCCCAUGGGCAUGUACGGGGCGCACGUCCCGGCCCUGCCCGGCUCAGGGAUGCCCCCUUCGCUAGUCCCCAAUCCUCUCCCGAUGGGAAUGAGCUACCCUCUGGAACCUUCCUCCCCGCCACAGCCGCCCCCCAAGUACCAGCUCGGAUCUACCUCAUACUUCCCCGACAAAAUCCCCAAAGCAGAGGUGGACAGCUGCCUGGCAGAGCUGCCCGGAGGCCUUUCGCUGAUCGCGGGCGAGCCCUCCUCCUCCUCCUCCCCCCCUCAGCCCGCCAGCCUGGAGGAGAGCCUGCUCUCCAAGAGCCCGGCUCUCCUUUCGGAAGCGCUCUGUGCUGCUAACAUGGAUUUUUCCCACCUUCUGGGCUUCCUGCCCUUGAACCUGCCCUCCUGCAACCCCCCUGUCUCCUCGGGGGGGCUGGUGAUGGGUUAUUCCCAGGGAGAGACCCAGUCCCUCCUCGCCGCUCUGCCGCCGCAGGAGUCCUCCCCGGGAGCCGCCCCCUCGCUCGGCUUUGGGGCGCUGCACCCCUUGCCCUCCAUGUUCUCCCCGGGGCUGGGGGCCACCACCUUGCCACGUUUCCACCAAGCAUUCCAGUGAGCGCGC